AUGUCAGCCGCUGAACAGACCAGCAUGACGUCACCGGAAGUCAUGGCCGCGCGCAUUCUUGUGGAGAACGUCUUAAAGAGUGUAGCAGAAAACUCGUCACCAAAUGACGUCAGGUUCAGCAAGGGAGGCGACUCUAUGAUCGAACGACGACUGUAUGUGGUUAGCCGAACCGGGUCGGGUGAAGUGAGUUACCUCCUCCUCACGGAAAAUUUUUCCGCCAUCGUGUCGUACCGCGUGCACAUCGAGAAAUGGCAGCAGACGUACGGGGUGGCGGAUUUCGGAGUGGUCGCCCUUGGGAAGUCCAUCUACAUCCUGGGCGGCUUCGACAAAGUUCAAGGUCGUUGUUUGACCCGAGUCGUCAGAUACAACCCGUGUACUGACGAAUGGUUCGAAUGUCGAAGCAUGUCUGUGGCCAGGUGUAAAUUUGGGGUCUGUGUUGUUAAAGGGAGAAUUUUUGUCUGUGGUGGAGAGACCGACGAUGGUAAAGUAACCGGAAGUUGUGAGAUCUAUGACCCGGAAACUAACCUCUGGUCCAAAUGCGGAUUCUCUCGUGUCGCCUAGGUCUGGCUGCGCAUGCGCAAACAACGGCAAAGAGUUAAUUUGUGCAGGA